AUGGAGUCCUCUCUUCUCCCUCGAUUCACUCGCAUCCGUGCCCGCGCCCGCACCUCCUGUUCUCUCUUCUCUCCCACCCUCCCCCGCUCCUCGCUGCGCCUCCGCGCUCCACCUCAUCACAUCUGCCUGUCCGCUUCAAGCCCCGGAGGAUCGAACUCCACCGACGACGGCGAGGGCGAGCGCAGCAACGUCAGGGACAAGGAAGGCCUCGGGACCCAGCUACGGAAGGUUGUGGACGCCUACCGCAACAGCAACAACAACCUACGGACCUUCCUCCAGAACCUGGUCGACGCCGGCGUGGUCGACGAGUCGGACGUCUUCGGCGGCGCGGGGGACGACGACGACCUCCUCCGCGCGCUCAUCGACGCGGACCUCCCGGGCGGGGACCCCGACCUGGGCGUGCUGUGGAAGCUCCCGGCCGUCGCGGCGCUCUCCUUCGCCGGCGUGCCCGCGCUGCUCGGGUACCUCGGCGACGCCGCGGGCGCGCGCGUGCCCGCCUGGAUGCCGCUCGCCUACUCGCUCGCGUCGUUCCUGCUCGGGUCGCUGCUGGUCGUCGACGCCUCGGUGAGCGACGAGGAGUGGGAGGAGUGGGCCCGCCGGCGGGAGCGCGAGAGGCAGCUCGCGUUCCUCGAGUCGGAGGAGGUGCUGUGGCGGGUGGCGCGGAGGGUGCCGGCCGCCGCGCUCGCGGCGUCCGCGGCGGGCGAGGCGGCACUGCGCGCGGCGGCACAGGUGACGGGGCUGGACCUGCAGCCGCCGCUCUGGGUUGCGUUCCUACUCUUCGGCGUCCUCCUGGGCGUGCCGUACGGGGUGUUCUCGGCGAGCUUCGAUCCAGCGGUGGAGGGCUCCUGGCUCGGGUGGGAGGAGUUCGUUAACAACAUCCGCGAUGUCGUGCUCCAAGCCGGCGAUCGCCGUGGCCGGAACAAUAAAUAG